CUACAACUACUGCUUCACCUACAACUGCAGGCCCUACUACUGAAGCAACGAUAACAGCUGCACCUACAACUACUGCUGCUCCAUCAACGGUGCAACCUACAACUACUGCUUCACCUACAACUGCAGGCCCUACUACUGAAGCAACAACAACAGCAACACCUACAACUACUGCUGCGCCUACAACUGCAGCCCCUACUACUGUUGCAACAACAACAGCAGCACCUACAAGUACUGCUGCUCCGACAACAGUGCAACCAACAAUUCCAGCUUCUAUACCAGUUGUGGUUGUCGCGGCAACCGUGGAAGAACCAUUUGUAGCAGAACUUAGAGACAAAAACAGUGCAGAGUUUAAAGUUCUUGAAAGCAGAAUUGUACUAGUGUAUGAUAUCAUCUACAAGACAAAAUAUGGAUUUCUUUUCAUACGCUCGUUUGUCAUUUCAUUUAGUCAAGCUGUGGCGAGAACUCGAGCUGAUACUGGUACUCAAGUCGAGAUGGGGCUUGAGUUCAAUCAAACUGCUUCACCUGCAGAAAUCCCACAGGAUGAUGAUGUUGCAAAAACCUUAGAAGAGGCUAUCUCCAACCCAAACAAUACCUUCAACAUCUCUGUUGAUGUCACCUCCAUCCGAGUAAUUCCCCCGACAGCUAUCCCAACUUCUGCAAAUAAAGCUACAAGUACUGCAAGUACAAGGGCUGCUACAACUACCAGUGCUGCAACUUCAACUACAAGUACUGCAACUACAAGGGCUGCAACAACAACUACAAGGGCUGCUACAACUACAACUACCACUGCUGCACCUACAACUGCAGCCCCUGCUACUGUUGCAACAACAACAGCAGCACCUAAAACUGCUGAACUGACAACUGUUGCGCCUACAACAGCAGCACCUACAACUGCUGCUGUAACAACUGCUUCACCUACGACUGCUGCCCCAACCACUGCUGCUGCUACAACUGCUGCACUGACAACUGCAACAACAGCAUCAACUGCAACAACAGCAACAACAGCAUCACCAACAAUUCCAGCUUCUAAACCAGUUGUGGUUGUCGUGGCAACCGUGAAAGAACCAUUUGUACCAGAACUUAGAGACAAAAACAGUGCAGAGUUUAAAGUUCUUGAAAGCAGAGUUGUAAUAGUGUAUGAUUUAAUCUACAAGACAAAAUAUGGAUUUCUUUUCAUACGCUCGUUUGUCAUUUCAUUUAGUCAAGCUGUGGCGAAAACUCGAGCUGAUACUGAUACUCAAGUGGAGGUGGGGCUUGAGUUCAAUCAAACUGCUUCACCUGCAGAAAUCCCACAGGAUGAUGAUGUUGCAAAAACCUUAGAAGAGGCUUUCUCCAACCCAAACAUUUCCUUCAACAUCUCUGUUGAUGUCACCUCCAUCCGAGUAAUUCGCCCGACAGCUAUCCCAACUUCUGCAAAUAUAGCUACAAAUGCUGCAAGUACAAGGGCUGCUACAACUACCAGUGCUGCAACUACAACUACAAGUACUGCAACUACAAGGGCUGCUACAACUACAACUACAACUUCCAGUGCUGCAACUACAACUACAAGUACUGCAACUACAAGGGCUGCUACAACUACAACUACAACUACCAGUGCUGCAACCACAACUACAAGGGCUGCUACAACUAAAACCACAACCACGACGACUCCUAUAACUACGACAGCUACUACAAUUGCUGAAGCAGUCAUAAUAAGGCAGUUGACUUUCCGAUCUGCUGGAGAAACAUUCACAACCGAUUUGCAGAAUAGAUUAUCUGCAGCGUUUAAAGCACGAGCCUCACUAAUAGAGACAACACUUAACCCUAUUUACCAACGACAAUUUUCUUCGUUCCGCUCCUUGACGGUGAUUUUGUUCAGUAAUGGAUCAAUCUUCAACACCAUGAAUCUUAAAUUUGCAUCCACAUCAGUUCCUAGUGGCACUCAGAUUGGAAACAUUUUGGCUGAUGCAGCUUCAAGCAUCACAGCCUUCAACAUUGAACCUGCCUCCAUUUUUUUGGAUGGCGCACAAGUUUCAAAUGGAGUAAGCCACAAGAUGAGUCUCAUCACUGCAUCCUUCCUUGUGCUGCUGUCAUGGCUACUGUCAAGCUUUCAAUAGUGCAGGGCUCAUGUCUGUUAAGUGAAAUACAAUUACAGAAAGCCUUACAUAACUGUAUUGUAUAUCAGACGCAUCACAUAUAACAACAUUUUAACUUAUUGUGCAGAUAUAAUUUACAGAUAUAACAUUAAAAUUGAACACAGUGCCUUGUAUUAUUAUCCAGUAACUUUUCUUAUUUCUAUCUUUUUAUAUUAUCAUACAUAACUUAUGUGUAUUCUGUGAGCUUACCUGUAUUUUUGUAAAAAACAAGGUCUUCUUGAUGAUCGGAACACAAAAGAUAUGUUAUGUUUUUAGCAUCCGAAGAUAAAAACAAGGUGUAUCUCAAUAAGUUGAAAAUGCUUCCAUUAAAGGCACUGAAGAUAAGUACAAACAAUCAAACACUGUCUUAUUGUUUCUAAAAACCUUUUCUUCCAAUCUGUUAUUCUCAAUAUGGUUAUAUAUAAGUUAUUCAGGAUUUUCCAGAAAUAAAAUGGCUGCAUGUCGAUUCACAAUGGCCCUGGUUUAAAUGAAUAAAGAAAUAGUCUCAGCUGU